UGGUAUUCACUGCUCUUAGCUGCCACUUACUGGCAAAAACAGGGAACUACAUAUUCUGAUGAAGAGGACUAAAAUUACGUGUUGAUGCUGCUGAAAGAUUUAGUGUUUACACUUUUCUGUCCUUUCACUGACUCUCGUUAACUCCCUGACAGUAAAGUGCAUUUACGUCCCCGUGUGUUCAGAAUGCUGCAUGUAAUAAGAAGCAGGGCCCAGUUUGGAAACAGCGUUUUCACACUUACACUACGAGAGCAGACACUUAUUUAUGACCUUGUCCAGCAGAUGGCACCCAAGCAAACGUUCUAUUGGACUUUACAGAAUUACAGUCUCUUUCUUAUCCAAUUGUUUGUUGUAAACAUUUAACAUUACGUCAACUAACAAAUACUCCUGAAAUAUUCUCAGGGUCUAAUGUUUUGACUUCACAAGUAGUAAUAUAGUUAUGGCACUCUAUAACUGUCCAAGAUUUUUUAUUUUCUACAUUUGUCCUGGUCUGUCUUUUUUUUCGUAUGUAGAUCAUUUUAAACAUUUCUUUGUAAUACCCAGUUACAAAUACAUGAAACAAGGGGCCCAUGUCCAAUGUGGCAACUACAUUAAUAAAUAUUUUCUUUGGGUUUAACUUUGAUUAAUGUUUUCAAAUACCUCAAUGUCAAAAUAUACAUUUUUAUUAUGUGGCUCAAUUUGGCAGAGUUUAUAGUGUUGUUAUUUUCUUAUUUUUACAACUGUUUUCUAAAUCUCAAUACUAGCUGUUUUACCUUCUCAUGUUUUAUACACGUCAUCAAAUCUAGGUUACAGAGUGUUCAUUUGAAACAGUCAAGGCAAUGUCGAUAUUCUGUAUCUGGUUUGCAACAUCAUGAACCUGGUUAUCUUUGCCCUUUUGGUAAGUCAGACCUAGACAUGCUCAGAGCUGCUCGGCGUCUUACGUAACUUCACUGCUUCUCAUUCACAGCAAGUGACUCAGUGCCCUUUUUCACACAUUCCAAUGAAACAUCAAGCAUACAGAUUUUGGGACUAAUAAAGAUAACAGAAUUGUGACGAAAACAAAAUUAUUAUUAUUAUUAUUAUUAAGUUUUGCGUAUAAGAAACCCACAAAUGACAAAAGCAUCAUAUGUCAAAGGUGUUAGUAAUAUCCACAGAUUACUCUUGUGUCCUCACUCCUUUACAACAUAAAUAUGUAAUAAAAUACAAGUACAAAUAAAAAAUAAAAUCAUGCACGCAGUCUCAAUACGUGCAUCAUUACACAGUGGUAGUCAUACAACAUUACUGAUUUUUUUUUAAAUCUUGACUUAUGAGCCGGAUACAGUUGAGAUCAGCUGUUUUAUUUUGAAGUUCUCCGGGGGAAGCUUUGUUGCUUCCUGGACGUGGACAGCGAGGUACUUAUAGGGGAAUGUACAGUAAAUCUCCAGGAACCGCAUCCUCUUGUAAGCAAGGACUCUGACCGCUGACAUUGCGGCUAAUAUCAGCUGAAUAGAGACACCGCUGCAGUGUGUACUCCACCCUCGGUGUUUGCAGGACAGUACGGCGCAGUUUGGUCUGUCUCUAACCCACAGAUUUUUCUAGAAGGUGGACUUUGAAAGCGAAAGGAAAACCGGCAAAAUGAACGACACCUCACCGGCGGGAUAUGAAUUCGAGCGGCGUUUCGACGAACAACAAGCCUUCGAGUGGAUGCAGGUGCACUGGAACAAGUCCUUCAUGUUCUGUGCCCUGUAUGCUGUGUUCGUAUUUGCCGGUCAGCAUUUCAUGAGGGAAAGACCAAAGCUAAAUCUGCGACGGCCACUAGUGCUGUGGUCUCUCAGUCUCGCCAUCUUCAGCAUCAUAGGGGCUGUUAGGACCGGACUCUACAUGCUUCAUGUCCUCACCAACAGCGGCUUCAGACAAUCAGUGUGUGAUUCCAGUUUUUAUAGUGCCCCCAUCACUAAAUUCUGGGCGUACGCCUUUGUUCUCAGCAAAGCCCCUGAACUGGGUGACACAGUCUUCAUUAUCCUCCGUAAGCAGCGUCUCAUCUUCCUGCACUGGUACCACCACAUCACCGUGCUCCUCUACUCCUGGUACUCCUACAAGGACCAGGUGGCAGGAGGCGGUUGGUUCAUGACCAUGAACUACGCCGUACAUUCUCUCAUGUACACGUACUACGCUGCUCGGGCUGCUGGGCUGCGGGUUCCGCGUCCCUUUGCCAUGAUCAUCACAGCUACCCAGAUCCUGCAAAUGGUGAUGGGUCUGACUGUUCUGGGCCUGGUUUACUUUUGGAUCAACGAGGUGCAAUGUCCGUCCAACAUGGAUAACAUUACCUGGGGAUCCAUCAUGUACCUCAGCUACCUGAUUCUGUUUGCCAUGUUCUUCUAUGACUCCUACCUCAGAGGCUCCUCCUCCAAAGUCAAAGCAUCCAAGGCAGAUUAGCGUCCUCUGUCUGAGUUUAUCAGCUUUAUUCAUUUGACAGUAGCCUAAAAUACACCUAUACCUGCUAAAAUCUUUGGAUUAAGGGAACUAGCAACAAGAAAACUGACUUGUUUACAGAUGCGCAUAAAUUAUGAGGGAACAACUGAUAUCUUGUCAUUACAGACCAGAAUCUCUAUAAGUAAUAAGACCAACAAUUCAUUAACAAUGAUUUGCUCCAAAAAAAAAAAAAAAAAUUGCAGCCUCCGCCAAUGCUGCUCAGUUUGCAUCAACAUCACUAAUCUGUCUUAUAAUUUUCUAAGUGAUGUUGCUAACAAACAAACAAAACAGCCCAGAAGAAAUGGUUCCUUUCUGUGGUAAUGAAAAGAAGGCUUUUUACAUUGUGAUUGUACUCACUGUCUCUACGUGUGAAACAGAAACAUAGCUGUCGGCUCAGCACUAAGACAAAAAUAGUGAGGAAACAGUUACAGGGCUUAGUCCGAUGCUUAAAAAAAUGCACCAACAUUUAUGCCAACGUAUUUAAAUUCUACAUCAUGUUGAUGGGCUCACUUUUCACAGCCUGAUGUUUCUCUGUCCUGCUUUUCUUAAAGCAUAUUUCAGUCAUUAACCUGAUACUAAUCUGCAGGUUACAAACUCUAGUGGUUAUAAAAACGGAAUGAAGACUUUAAAUGCACUGAAUGACAAAGAGCCGUUUCAGACACACGCACAACACAGCAUUGGGAAUGUGCACUUGCUACUAGUCAGAACACUCAACGUACCAUCUGCAUUUUAAAACCUGACCACAAACCACACAUUGCUUAAAUGGUUAUUGUUCCGUGUGUGAAUGCAUCAAAUGAAGACAUGGUAUCACACACCACUUUGUGUUCAGUCAGAUCAAUCCAAAGGGUAAUUUAACAUGCUCUGUGGUUCUUUUGUUUCUCAUAUCUGUAUGCUAUGCAGACUUAACCGUUUUUGCCCCACUUCAGAAAAAAAAGUACAGCCAUAUACAGUGCACCCCGACUUUGAUUACAAUAACGGUAGCACUUAUUAACACUUCACUCAUUUAUUACCUGUAAAGAAUAAAGAGGUACAGUAUCUGACCCGCUUUUGCAAUAAAUCACAAAGUAUUACCUUUUUCUGCAUGGCCAUUUAAAACUAAGUUGUCAUGCUCAUUUAGAACAUGUGUUUCAUACUGACUAAAACAGUAGAUUGCCAUAUACAGUAGCACCAAUUUGUGUUUGUAAGCAGUAGAGUGUGAAUACAGUGUUUACAACAAUUUUUUUUUAAA